CUGUCUAUAUAAAGCAGAGAGCUGCACCAGCUGACAAACACUUUUCUGAACUCAUCAGUAGAGAGAGCGUAAAAGUACAAGUGCAGUAUACUACAAUGGAUCUUGCAGACAAGCUUCUCGUAGCGACACUUGGAGCAUUUGACGAUCCUUUCUUUGGCUGGACUCACUACUCAGACCACAGAAAGGACAAAGACAAGGUGGCCCUUGCUGCUGUUGGUGUGCAGAAUUUCGAUCCAAACGAAAUCUCACUAAAAGUAGAAGAUGGAAAAGUGAUGGUAGAUGGAGUCCAUCGCUCUCAAGGACAGUUUGGCUACGAGACCAGUGAGCUCCACCAAGCCUACCCUCUGCCAGAGGACGUGGAUCCUUCAUCUGUUUCUUCUCGUUUUUCUCCUGAUGGAGUUCUUUACAUCGAGGCCUACAAAAAGCCAAAGGAAAAGAAAGCUGAAGCCGGUCCAGUGGCUCAGAUGGAUGACAAGAAAUUCUCUGUCAACCUGGAUGUGAGCAAGUUUUCUCCUGAAGAAGUAAAAGUCAAGGUUAUGAACAAUGAAUUGAUGAUCACUGCCAGCCACGAGUCAGAAAAAGAGGGCAGUUACGCUUCCAGAAAGAUUAAUCGCCACUUCGUGCUUCCCAAAGAUGUAGACAUGGAUUCUGUCGUGUCUAAUCUGGACAAGGAUGGACACCUUCACAUCGAAGCAACAAGGAAACAACUGCCUGAACCAACUGAGAGAGAGGUCCAAAUCAUGAGAGCUGAGAAGUAAAAACAGGCAAGCUCUCUCCACUCUGAGAAUGCGGGUUCAACAGACGAAGAAUUUGAUCCUGUAUCUUUGUGCUAAAGAAGGACUUACUGACAGUAACUAUGCAUAUCUAGUAGAACUUUUUCGUACUAAUAGAGUACUGAAUACUCAGCUGAUAGUUAGUCUCUAUGUCGUAGUAGUUCUUGCAGGUGUACGCACAGAAAAAUUAGCUGUCUCGAAUUGUCGUUCCACCGUUUAAUUAAUAGCAGUCAUUAAAAAAAAGACACUCUAGUUGCUACGACGAUUGCAUGAUAUCAAAAUUACAUGUAUUAGGGUUUAUAAUAAAUCAGUUGUUCAUGUUAUUGAUCUCAGAUCUGUGGAUUGUAUUUAAUAGCCUUUGAAGAUGCGUGUCUCAGGUUACGUUUCAAAAAAAAAGCUUUUAGUUUUAUUAAGCGAAAAGAAAGUUUGUUGAGAUUUGCUUGCUUGUAAACAGGGGUUAUAGACGUGAAUAAAGUUUCGUUUGAUAUUUGUG